AUGGGAACCAGAGACGAUGAGUACGACUACCUGUUCAAAGUUGUCCUGAUCGGAGACUCUGGAGUGGGGAAGAGUAACCUCCUCUCGCGUUUCACCAGGAACGAGUUUAACCUUGAGAGCAAGAGCACGAUUGGAGUGGAGUUUGCCACACGCAGCAUUCAGGUCGACGGGAAAACUGUCAAGGCUCAGAUCUGGGAUACUGCAGGACAGGAGCGGUACCGGGCCAUCACCUCCGCUUACUACCGUGGGGCUGUAGGGGCGCUGUUGGUCUAUGACAUCGCCAAACACUUGACGUAUGAAAAUGUGGAGCGGUGGUUGAAGGAGCUGCGGGACCACGCUGACUCCAACAUUGUCAUCAUGUUAGUGGGAAACAAGAGCGACCUCCGCCAUCUACGGGCCGUGCCCACGGAUGAGGCCCGAGCCUUUGCUGAGAAGAACGGUUUAUCUUUCCUGGAGACGUCUGCGCUGGACUCCACUAAUGUUGAGACUGCAUUCCAGACCAUCCUCACAGAGAUCUACCGCAUUGUGUCUCAGAAGCAGAUGUCCGAACGCCAGGAGAGCGACAUGUCCCCAAGCAACAACGUGGUCAACAUCCAGAUCAUCAGCCGCAAACAGACCACACCGCCGGACCAAACCAUCAGCCCUCCUGCCCUAACAAAAAUCGCAUCUCUGGACCCUCCCUGGACCCACACCACUUCUUCGGACCCCCGCAGUCCUCAUAACGACUUUUGCUCCUCAAUCAGUGCACAAACCGAGAUGAUUGUUUUACUGUAUAUUGCCGUUUUAAAACAACCCUCUGUCAACCCUGUGUUUCCCUGUGUCUGGGGUUUUCUAAUCAGUAAAUACACCCUUUGA